CCAAUAAAUAUUGUGAUACUGAUAGUGUUGGUUAUUCCUUUGAAUUAUUAUUUUCACCAUUAUCAUUUAUAAGUCAUAUGAUUUGUUUAUUACAGAAAGGAUUAACUCCUCUUGAUUAUUAUGAUCGUAAUAAAUGUAGUCAAUACGAAGUAUCAACAAAGAAGGAAAAAAAAGAUGAACUUAAAAAAUUGCUCAUAGAGCUAUCAGUUCCAGGAGAAAUAUUAGCAAGAGGUCCUGAAGCCAUUAAAGCAUUCACAUAUGAAGUCCAGAAUGGGGAAAUUACGAUGGUUAAUUCCAGAGUCAUGUUCUUGGGCAAAGAAGGAACGGGCAAAACAAGUUGUGUCCGUUCCAUGCUUGGCAAAGUAUUUAAAAACAACGAACCAUCAACAGAUGGUAUUGUAACAACAACAGUAUUUUAUACUGUUAAUGGAGAUUUCAUCAAAUGGAAGGAACAAAAGGAUGUGGAUGUUUGUGAAUUAACCAAGCAGAUACGUGAGCAUACCAUUGCAGAAAAUGUCGCCAAAAGGCUGAAGCAGCCAAAAAGCCAUCAAAACUCAUCUAAUUCUGCAUCAUCCAGUUCUACAGCCUCCUCAACAAUGCCAUCAGAAGCAGCAAGAAGUAUGACAGGCUAUACCAGUAAACUCCCUGAAGAAGGAAUUCAUAAGAAACUUGUUGCUAAACUUGCUAAAUCUGCCAGUGUCCAUCCGGAUAACCCAUUAGAACAAUUAAGUGCUUCUGGGGAGGGAUUUGACAAGAGUUUUGUACCAAGUGAUGUCACAUGCAUUUGGGACUAUGCUGGUCAGCUGACUUACUAUAUAUCACACAGAUUUUUUCUGACAGAUGGAUCAUCCUACUGUGUUGUAUUCAGUGUGUUAGAUGAUUUGGAUGCCCUUGCAACACCAAGAGAUUUCCAGCAAGGACAAUUUGAAAUGACAAAUCUUCAGAUGAAUGUGUUUUGGAUGCGGUCAAUAUACGAACACGCUGUACUACCCUAUCGUGAAAGGACACAAAAGUUAAUCAAUGGCAUAUCCUCACCAACGAUAAGUUUAGUUGCCACACACAAAGAUAAACUGUUGGGGACCGAGUCAGAAAAUGACAAGCUGAUCAGAACCAAGUUCAAAAGAAUAUUUGAUGAGAUAGAAGGAACACCAUAUGAAAGCCAUGUGGAUCGUGAGAUGUAUGUUGUAGAUAACACUGUGGCUAUGGAUGAAGGGAUUGAGAAAUUGAAGAAGAAUGUCGGAAAAUACAUGAAGGCAACGGCAAAACCUAUUCCCACUACUUGGGUUGAUUUCCAGUCCAAAGUACAAGACGUUGGAAAAACAAGACUCUGUGUUUCCUUGGAUGAGGUAACAUAUGCUUCCUUAUAA